UUUCCAUUACAUAAAUAUAAAUCAGCCACUGUAUUCACAGCAUUACAGUCCUAUUAUACGUGUCCUUGAACAACAUAUCUUCCUGGCAGGUUGAGCAGAUCUCCAGCAGCUAUCACAGCCAUUAGAUCUAUAGUUGCAGCUGAGAAAAAGCCCCCCAGCAGUAGAGUUAUCAUCUAUAGAUCCAUCACAGCAUCUUCAGCAGCCUGCAGCUCAAUCAAAUUCGACGAUGGCUGUUUUUGCACUGGUGGAGCGAUUGGCUCCUCUGAUCGAGAAGGAGGUAAAUCUGCUCCUCGAAUCUAAGAAGAAAGUGGAAAAUCUCACUGGGCAGUUGAAGAAGAUCCAGGAGGUGCUGAUGGAUGCAGAGAGAACUGCAGUGACUGAUCCAAAUGUCAAAAAUUGGGUAAAAGAACUCCAAGAUGUGUCCUAUGAAAUGGAUGACGCAUUGGAUGAAUGGCAAACCGCGAAUCUUCAACUGCAAAUUGAAGGAUCUGAGGAAGUUUCUGAUCCUUGGGAGAAGGUAAUUUCGUUCAUUCAAUCUAUUUGUUUGUGCUUCGAACAUGUUGUUGGGCGUCGUGAAAUUAAUCUGAAGAUAAAGGGUUUGAUCGGGAAACUAGAUUUGAUUGUUCAGGGAAAAGAUGAGUUUAAUUUUCUUCGAAGUGGUGGCCAUAAUUUGCAGCAAUUUAAGCGAAUUGAAUCGACUUCUUUUGUUGAUUCUUUUAGUGUACAUGGUCGCAGUAGAGAUAAGGAAAACCUUAUGCGAAUUUGUUGUCUGAGGGGCGCAAUGGAGUCGAGAUUGUUUCAAUAGCAGGGACAGGAGGGGUUGGCAAAACAACUCUUGCUCAGUUAGCCUUUAAUGAUCCUGACGUUACGAAACAUUUUGAAUUUAAAACAUGGAUUUGUGUUUCGGAUCCUUUUGAUGUGAUUAAGAUUGCAAAUUUAGUUCUUCAAGCCGCUGGGGAGAGUUCCUCCAACAUCUCCAAUCUGGAAAUGUUAUUACAACGUGUGAAAAACACAGUUUCAGAGAAAAGAUUUCUUAUCGUCCUAGACGAUGUGCGGACUGAGGACCACAGUAAGUGGGAACCACUGAAAAACUCUCUCCAGGGUGCCCCUGGAAGUAGAAUUUUGAUGACAACGAGGAGUGAUCGAGUUGUAAGAGUGAUAGGCACGGACACGCGGCAACCAUUAGGCAAAUUAUCCGAACAGGACUGCUGGUCAUUAUUGAGUAAGAGGGCUUUUGUUGGAAGGAGUGAGGAGGAGCGCGAGAGACUAGAAGAUAUUGGUAAAAAGAUUGCGCUGAAUUGCAAGGGGUUGCCACUUGCUGCAAAAACUAUGGGAAGCCUGCUAUGCUUGAAAGAUACUAUAGAAGAGUGGCUAAAUGUUCUGAAGAGUCCUUUGUGGCAGCUGGAGGAAGCGACGGUUGAGCUUUUCCCCCAUUUGUAUUUGAGUUACAAUGAUUUGUCUCCGGUGGUUAAGCGCUGCUUUUCGAGCUGUGUCAUAUAUCCAAAAGAUACCUUGAUACGUUUGGAUGAGCUUAUCAGGAUUUGGAUGGCACACGGUUAUGUUGGUUCGAGUGGAAAUGUAGAUCUCAUGCAAAUAAUGGCGUUUAAGUUGUUUAAGAACCUAGAAAUGCGAUCUUUUUUUCGAGAGUUGAAAAGGGAUAAAUAUGACGGAAGUAAUAUCUCUUGCAAAAUGCAUGAUAUAAUGCAUGACUUCAUCAAUUAUCUUUCAAAAGAUGAUUACUGCUUAAUCAUGUAUGGUGGAGUAGAGAUUACGAAUUGUGAUAUCAGAAAAGUUCGCACCUUUUGUGCUAGAAAUGUUACUCAACAAAGUCUCCCUUCCAAUCUCUUUAGUCGUUUAAAAUGUGUUCGGGUACUUAUUGCGAGCAAUUGUGGUUUGCAAGAACUUCCACAAGAGAUAGGAAAAUUAAUUCACUUGAGAUAUCUUGACUUGAGCUUCAAUCCUAUAAUAGAACUCCCGGAAACCUUGUGUGAUUUGUAUAAUUUGCAAACCUUGGAUCUUCGGGGAUGUCGCUUUCUCUCUGCACUCCCUCAAGGGAUCUAUAAACUAAUAAAUCUACGACACCUUCUCUUUACAUCUCAGGGAAUCAGGUCAAUUCCUCAAGGACUGGAGAGAUUAACAGGUCUUUGGACGUUGACCCGUUUCGUAGCAGGAAGAGGAGCAAGUAAGUUGGGAUAUUUGGAAAAACUAAACCAACUUCGAGGAUCUCUAAGCCUUAUUCUAGGAGACUUGAAUGGGUUAGAAGACUCGGUUGAUGCUGAGAAAGCAGAAUUGAAAAAUAAGAUACACAUUCAAGAUUUAGAAUUCAAUUUCAAUGGGGAGGUGAGGGUGGACGUAAUGGAGGCUCUUCAACCACCUCCAAACCUGCAUCAUUUAAAAAUUAUUGGAUUCAUGGUCACCCAAUUUCCAGUUUGGAUCACCACGUCCCUUAAUUCUUUAAGGUUUCUUGUUAUCCAAUCAUUCAAUGACUGCUCAUGUUUGCCUCCUUUGGGAAAACUGCCGAUGCUUGAGGAGCUUGAGAUAUUAUUCAUGACUAGUAUGAAGUACGUGGGAAAUGAAUUCUUGGGGAUAACGAAGACUAUCCAGGAAAUAUCGAAUGCCGGAACUGCAUUUCCGAAGUUGAGGAAAUUGAGUUUUUUCGGUUGUGCCAACUGGGAAAAGUGGGAGGAUAUAACUGGGGAUGAAAAAGACCAUCUCUUAAUAAUGCCAUGUCUCAGGGGGUUAGAAAUCUUUACUUGCAACAAGUUAAAGGCAUUGCCACAUUGCCUUCUUCGUAUGGCAUCGUCUCUGGAGUAUUUGAAAAUUGGGAACUGCAAGAAUCUAAUUUCACUUUAUGGGGACAGGACUGGAGACGAAUGGGACAAGAUAUCACACAUUCCCCACAUUGAGGUAGCCAGAGUAUCCAGGUUCGUACCUUGUGUUUGUGUUGAAUUGCAGAAAUAUUUUUAGCAGACAUAUUUUGAGAAGAAGGUAAAGUGAUCAAAGCUGACGGAUAUGAAAAUGCGCAAAGUAGUGGAGACACUUGUGCUGGAUCUUUCUAUUGAAAAACUGUACCUUAAGACUUGUGUAGUUAUUGGAUGAGAUUGUCGUUUGUAUUUUAAUAAAUAUGGAACUGUGUGUUGAUGUUUUAGUCAUAAAGUUUUAGGUUUUAAUUCAUUACAUAUUUCAAUGGUUGGUUUGAAAUUUGGGUUCA